GGCCCAGGUGAUCUAGAAGGUUGCCUGACGUUCAAGGCUAAAAGCCGACAUAACAUUGGCCCCACAGGGCGCAGACAAUCUAAAGGUUGGCUGAGUUCAAGGCUAAAAGCUGAACCUGACGCAGACAAUCUAAAAGGUUGGCUGAGUUCAAGGCUAAAAGCUGAACCUGAUGAUCGACCCGAUUAUCAUUUGGCGAGAAAAUGGAGAGAUGAGCAUAAACCAACUGGACCUUCAAUUCAUCUUAAUAAUCCAACAUUUACAGGAAAUCCUUUGGUGGGAAGCAUCAAUGGUGGAACUUUUAAUUUAUCCGAAGAAAGUGCGUCAAAGAGGAAAAAGGAUGAUAAUAAUGAAAAGGAUGAACGGAUCAAGCAAGACUAUCCUAAAAAGCGAACAAGAAUUGAUGAAUAUUUUCCUGUGCGUGACAUCAUUUCUCAACCUUCGAAUUCUGAUGUGCUACAAUCUGCCGUGCCGACAGUAAUGCAAAAAAAGUCGGAGCAUUAUGAAAGCGAAGAAGAUAACAUAAAUGAUUUUGACCAAGAGGCUGUAUAUAGUGACAAUAGUCUUUAUAUCGAAAAUAUAUGCGUACGAUCAAAAAUAAUGGGAUGGCGUAAAAAAUCUAAGUAUAUUCCAGAAAUACACAAGCAGGAUUUGCUUCGUUAUAAUAUAAUUGAUAAUAUUGAAUCAUCAUCAUCAAAUUCGCGAAAUCUUUUCAAAGAUAUUUGGGACAGGAUGAUUGAUGAAAUAGAAGCCAUGUUGUCACCGACUGCAGAGACGGCAAUGUCAGGCAAUAAGAAGGAUGAGCAAGUCGAAGAAGUAAAAACUUAUGUCAAAACUGUUGUGAAGAAUGUGAAUUCUUAUGAUAAAUUAUGUAUGACAUUAAAGUCUGAACGCUCUAAUUUGAGAACUGGCAGUAAUGACCAAUGGAAACGAAGAAUCUUGACAAUUGCAAAAGCUUUGUAUGCGAACGCUUUCAAUGAUGAUCAAACUGAAUAUCAUUACAUAAUAACCUUUAUAUAUGUGGUUUUUAAACCUUUAUUCAAAGAUUUUCAACAUAUAGGUUUGGCUUGGGGUGAAAAAUCAUUACGUUGUUCAGCAAUCUUAUUUAAUAAUUCACAACAAGACAGUGACCGACGUAAUCCUGGAAGUAAAAUUGACGCUAUUAUAAAGUUAUUGGAAGUAGACCUUGAAUUUUCAGUUGUGGAAGUUUCUGGGUCUCCAAAAGAUCAUGAUCACAACCACUACAUCGGUGAUCGUAAUAAAAUUGCAAAAUCUUUGAAAAUCAUCUUAAAUUAUAUUAGAAUGAAUUACCAAGGAGAUUUUCAACAAUUCCGAAAAAUAAAAGUUUAUGGAAUACAAGUUUUCAAUAACUUUUUUUAUAUUUACAGCUUGUCAUUACCUUUUUCUGGAGUAUAUUACUUUAAGCGAGAACUUGUUUUUAAAUGCCCAACAAUUACAUUCCUUACAUUUAGAAUGUUACCAAAAUUCUUGUCAAAUUUAUGGAGAAUGCGUGAAAUGAUUUUUUCAAGCGCUGAGGACAUUAUUUCAUAUAUAGAAAAUGCUGAUGAAUCAGAUCAUGAUAAUGAACUCGAUCCG